AUGGCAUUUUUACAUCAUAAUUCUUGUGAGUGUGUUAAAUCUGAGUUGGAUUUGUUUGCUUUGCCAUCAACUCAAACGAGUAUUGAGUCAGGACAGUGGAUUCAUUACAACCCUAUUUCUUCACUUACGGAUGAUGGACCUAUUGAAUUCUUAGUACCAGGAAACGGGGAUGAUUAUAUUGAUUUAUCUCACACAUUAUUACAUAUUAAAGCAAAAGUACAAAAUACUGAUGGCACUAACAUUGCACCGACAGCAAACGUUGCCCCUAUAAACAAUUGGUUGCACUCACUUUUUAAUCAAAUAGACAUUUAUUUGAAUCAAAAGCUUGUGUCUCCUCCUAAUAACACCUAUGGGUAUCGAUCAUACAUCGAGACAUUGCUCAAUUAUGGUCAAGCUGCAAAGAAAUCACAUCUCACCUGUGGUCUCUGGUAUAAAGAUACUGCUUCAAAAAUGGAUUCAUGUGACGAUACAAAUCAAGGAUUUUCCGAAAGAGAACAAUUAGCAAGAGGAAGUAAAACAAUUGAAAUGAUUGGGCAUAUACAUGGUGAUAUUUUUAAUCAGGAUAAGUUUUUACUCAAUGGUGUGGAAUUGCGGUUAAAAUUAGUACGCUCCAAAGAUUCAUUUAAGCUUAUUUGUCCUGUACUAGAUAGUAAAUUCAGGGUGCAUAUUUCAAGUGCCAGUCUUAUUAUGCGUAAAGUUCGAAUUAAUCCAAGUGUAUUGCUUGCGCAUGAAAAAGUAUUAUCUAGUACCACUGCAAAAUAUCCGAUCACUCGAGCUGAAGUUAAAGUUAUAACAAUACCAUCCGGAGUACAGGGAAAAAUGCUUGAUAAUGUAUUUUUAGGACAAAUACCGAAAAGAUGCAUUGUUGGUUUUGUAACAAACUCUGCAUUUAAUGGUUCACUAAAUAUGAAUCCCUUUAAUUUUUAUAAUCACGGACUUAAUCAAUUCGGUUUAUAUGUCGAUGGGCAAACAAUACCAUCAAAAAUUUUAGCACCGAAUUUUGAUGAUAAGACAUUCAUUAAUGCAUAUCACACUUUGUUCUCUGGUACAGGGAUUCAUUUUUUAAAUGAUGGAAAUGAUAUUUCUAAAGAGGACUACAAGAAUGGUUUCUGUUUAUUCGCAUUUGAUUUAACUCCUGAUUUGUCGGCUAAUUCAAACUCACAUUGGAAUCUUAUAAAACGAGGCAGUGUUAGAUUUGAAGUUCGAUUUGAAAAAUCUUUGCUCACAACACUUAAUUGUAUUGUUUACGCAGAAUUUGAUAAUGUUAUUGAAAUUAAUAAAAACCGUGAUGUAAACCUAGAUUACAAUAGUUAA